AUGUUUCGAAUUGGCACUGUCGUAUUCCUGCUCCUGACUUUGGUUUAUUGCUUCACUACCGAAGAGGUUGAAGUAUUUCAGCUGCAACAGGAAUUGGUCGAGAAGUAUGGCGAUGAGAUCGACUUGUACAAAUUUUUAAAGCUCCCCAAGUCGAGAGAUUCCAACUCCAAGGAGAUCAUCAAGAACCUGAGGAAAUUGUCGAAGAAAUACCAUCCAGAUAAGAAUCCAAAGUACAAGAAAUUAUAUGAGAGAUUGAGUAAAGCUACACAGAUUCUUUCCAAUGAUUAUCGUAGAAAAACCUAUGACUACUACUUGAAGAAUGGAUUUCCAGACUACAAUUUCUCCAGAGGUGGAUUUAUUUUCAAGAGAGUGCAGCCAAAGACGUGGUUUUUAUUAAUGUUCCUCUAUAUUGUGGCCAGUGGUGUCCAUUAUGCGCUAUUAAGGUUACAGAAUACCAGUAAUAAACGACGUAUAGAUGGGUUUAUCCAGCAAUGUAAAGAGCAGGAUGAUUCCAGAGGUCUUGGGGAGAAGAGGUUGAUGUUUAAGCAGCACGAAGGAGAUGAGCCGAAGGAGAUAAUUGUGCGUUAUGGCGAUGUGUACCUUGUUGAAGAGGACGGAAACGAAUCGUUAAUUUCAAGUGACACCAUCACUGAUCCUAGUGUAUUUGACUGUAUGUUUUUCAGAAUACCUGUUGGUAUUUGGAAUCUAACUCUGGGUAGAUUCCUGCCUAAGAAGGUACAACCUACAAAAAAUGAGCCGCAACCUGAACAGAAUAAACAAGCUGAAGAUAAAAAGUCCAAAAACCAAGCUGCUAAAGGGAAGGGAGGCCAAAAGAAGAUGACUUUACCUAACGGCAAAGCCAUUCAUUCUCGUAAAAAAGAUUGA